AUGUCCUCCGCCGACUCCUCUAUGUGCGACGACACCACCACUCCUACUACUGACCUUGUGCCACCUCCUGGACCGCCCCCUGCUGCCGACGGCGGUUCAUCUGUGCCGCCACUUGGCACCGGCGGCUCCUCUGGCGCGACUCCCAUUGACAAUCAUGCCAAGCUUUUGGUACACGGCGGCGCCAAGCUCCAGGACGGCUUUGAGUAUCGGAGUCUUGAUGGGGCGCUUCAGUACCUCACUCUGACUCGACCUGACCUGGCGUAUGCGGUUCAACAAGUGUGCCUCUUCACGCAUGACCUGCGCGAGCCCCGUAUGGCCCUGAUCAAGCGCAUCUUGCGCUAUGUGAAGGGCACGCUCUCCUCCGGGCUUCACAUCGGCACCGGCCCUAUACAGUCUCUGACUGCCGACGCCAACUGGGCUGGCUGUCCGGACUCUAGACGCUCCACAUUCGGCUUCUACGUCUACCUCGGUGACAAUCUGGUGUCUUGGUCCUCCAAGCGCCAGACCGUGUCUCGUUCCAAUGCUAAGGCGGAGUACCGGGCUGUGGCUCAUGUUGUGGCAGAGUGUUGCUAG